AUGGCCACUUAUAAGGCCCAAAUGAGCGUGCAGACCAGCUGUGAGGCCACAUGGUGCCAGUUCUUCCCCAACACCCUGAAGGGACUUGCGCUCAACUGGUUUCAAGAGUUACCUGCCGGAAUCAUCACCGACUUCACGGUACUCAAGGAUAUGUUUACCCAUCAGUUCAGGGCGGGUACAAGGCAAAAGAAAACGAGCCUUCAUCUUAUGGGGGUCAAGCAAGAAAAGAACGAAAGUCUAGCCGACUACAUCAAAAGAUUCAAUGAGGAAUCGCUGAAAGUGUCCGAUCUGCAGGACGCAGUGGCCUUCGCCGCCCUCAUGUCCGGGAUACAACCCGGUCGGCUCAGAUGGACGUUGGCGGAAAGUGAAGUCAAAACCUUUUCCGAGGCUAUGGCAAAGGCUCAAAGGUUUAUUCAGGCGGCAGACAUUUGCCGCCACUCGGAUGAUGGAAGCAAGAAGAGGAAAGAUGAAAGCAGCCAUAGGGAUCAGCCCAAGCAACAAAAAACGGGUGGUCGGUCGGACCGUUUUAAUGACCACGGCAACGACCACCGAUCCAACAAGAAUCGACGAGAAAUCUACCUGGACAUCAAGAAUAAGUCCAUGCUACCCCAGCCCCACCCCAUUCGAACCUCAGACUAUCGGCGGGACAAAAGUCAGUGGUGUGAAUACCACCGAGAAUACGACCACACCACUAAAGACUACAGAGAACUGAAGAAGGGGCUAGACAACCUGGUCGACCAGGGUGCCUUCGCCUCAGGUGGCCUAACUGGUCGAACUCGUAAAGCUCAUCUCCAAAAUCGCAAGCACCAGGUGUUGGAUGUUCAACAAAGUAGAUCGGACUGCCCCGUCAUGACUUUCGAGGAGUCCAGCCAGUCGGUAAGUGUACCUCACGACGACCCCCUGGUCAUCGAACUCAAAGUGGCCAACUCCAGGGUGAAGCGUGUGUUGGUUGACAGCGGGUCGUCAGCAGACAUCAUCACACUGGAAUGUUUGAAAAAGCUGAAGUACAGCGAGAAGGAUGUCACCCCCUAG